AUGGAACGUCAACAAUGGAGUAUCCUCCUAACAAUAUGUGCCACUCUCAUCCAAGCAUUUUUAAUAGCAAACUCCCUCCCAGAAGCUGAUAAAAUCACCAGUUUGCCAGGUCAGCCACAAGUGAGUUUCCAGCAAUAUGCAGGAUAUGUAACUGUGGACGAAAAGCAACAAAGGGCACUCUUCUACUACUUUGUUGAAGCAGAAACUGAUGCUGCUUCAAAGCCUCUUGUUCUUUGGCUAAAUGGAGGGCCUGGCUGUUCAUCUGUUGGAGCUGGAGCCUUCAUUGAGCAUGGACCUUUUAAACCAAGUGGGGACAUUCUGCUCAAGAAUGAUUUUAGUUGGAACAAAGAAGCAAAUAUGCUCUACUUGGAGUCACCUGCAGGAGUUGGCUUCUCCUACUCUUCAAACCAAUCAUUCUAUGAUUUUGUGAAUGAUGCUAUAACAGCAAAUGAUAAUUUCGUGUUCCUUGAGCGCUGGUUUGACAAAUUCCCAGAGUUCAAGAACAGGGAUUUCUUCAUCACAGGAGAGAGCUAUGGAGGCCACUAUGUUCCAGAGCUUGCACGUCUGGUUGUCCAAUCGAAACUGAAUUUCAAUCUCAAGGGCAUAGCAAUAGGCAACCCCCUUCUUGACUUCAACACUGAUUUCAACUCAGGGGCAGAGUACUACUGGUCACAUGGAUUAAUAUCAGAUGCCACCUUUGAAAGUUUCACCUCUGUCUGCAACUAUUCACAAAUGCUUAGGCAGAUAAUUAAUACCGGUAAACUUAGCCCUGCUUGUGCUGCAGUAUAUAACCAAGUUCAAACAGAAAUCAGUAACUUUAUCGAUCUGUACGACGUUACUCUUAACGUCUGUUUAUCCUCCGAUGCUGCUCAAUCUCGGAAGCUCACUCAAUUGCAAGAAACAGAGAAGAUAGAUGUCUGUCUUGAAGAUGAAACAAGUAAAUACUUAAACCGGCAAGAUGUACAGGAGGCACUUCACGCUCGGCUUAUUGGAGUCUCGAAUUGGACCAUUUGCAGCGAUGUCGUCAGGUAUAAUCGGCAAAGCAUGGAAAUAUUAAUGCUUCCUGUUUUGGGUUACCUUUCCCGGUUUGGAAUCCGGAUUUUUGUUUACAGUGGAGAUCAGGAUUCUGUUAUUCCACUAACUGGGACACGGACAGCGGUGGAUGGAUUGGCAGAGGUCUUGGAACUGAAUACAACUGUGCCUUACAGAGUCUGGUUUGAAGAAAAACAGGUUGCUGGAUGGACACAAGUAUAUGGUGAUGUUCUAUCGUUUGCCACCAUAAGAGGAGCAGGUCAUACAGCUCCAUAUACACAGCCAGAGAGAUCACUGCUUCUAUUUAGUUCAUUUGUGGGAGGAAAGCCACUGCCAGAAGCACUCACUCACUGACCAAAUUCAUAAAUAAAAGGAAGAGCAGAGGUCUUACAU